AUGAGCCCCACCAGCCGCGUGUGCAGCUCCUCCUCGAACUUGGCAAACUCCGCCAGCGCGGCGUUCAGUUUGUCAGUCUUGUGCUGCAGCGUGCGCACCACAUCGUCCAGCCGCGCCUCCUGCUUGGCGUCGGUGGCGCGCUGGAGCUUGGCGCGCGCCGCCGCCUCCUUCACCGUCAGGUCGGCCACAGUGCGGCGCCGGGAGUCCACCUCCAGCCGCAGGUUCUCCAGCUCCCGGUUCUUGGACACCAGCGUGUCAUACAGACUCAGCCACUGA